AUUAGUCGCGCGCGGAACGGCACGGCAAACGAUCCACGAUCGACGACACAUCGAAAAAAAAUAUAAAAAACUAGAAAUAUAAUAAUAAUAACAACCACAACGACGACGCAUGGACGGAUCAGCGGACUCCGUGCGCGAUUUUCAUUCACUUUUCACCCAACUUCUCGCUCAGUUCUCGAACACAUAAACCGGCACAUAUAGAUACCAUACUAACCCGACCAGUAAUAAACGAGCCAACCGGCCAGCGGUUUCCCAAAUGCCCAGCGGUUCGGCAGUCCAGCGGCGGCAGUUAGCAGGAAAACUCAUCGUUAUCCAUUGUAAUCGUUAGAGUUAGACAAAAACGUCGCGCUGUCACGUAAUGCCCAUUCAAUUUAAUUUCAUAAUUAAUUUUUUUGGAAUAUCACACUGAGUGAGGAAAAGAGUGUUGUCGCCAUUUCUCGUGAUUUUUUGGCAAGUAUGGAAUAUGAAAAGUGGCCGAGUGUGUGUUAAAUUAAAUCACCGCAUUAUAAAUAACUCGAGAAAUUUUUAAAUCUAAAAUAUAUUCACGGCAGAAAGAGAUAUAUAUGUAUAUAUGCGAGUAUAUCUAUGGACGCGCCAAGUAAUCGAAGCGACAAAAAAUACGCAAAGUUCGAAAAAAGACGCGGGACUGUGUGUGUUUGCCAAAUGUCACUUGUGUGUGCGUCACUGAAGAUAAACCACGAGAGCACAUAAAAAAUAAAAGGAAAACGCACACACAAAAAUAAAUAUAUCUUAUUCUAUUUACGCGCGUGUCUUGUAGCCAAAAAGUAAAUCUCAGCCAGCAGCAGCCACAAAAUGGAGUCGAAACGCUCGAAAAAAGGACGCAAAUCGCGGCCAGCUCAGGAUGAGAAUCCUCACCCGCAACAGCAGCAGCAGCAGCAACAUCAUCCUUGGGACGAAGGCCUUUCAGCAGAGAGUCCCCCAACAAAUAGAGUAAUUCCCAGCACGGGCACAGCACUGACCCGAUUCCUGACCUGUAUGGCACCCGUGAUUGUGUCGCUACCUGGCGCUGGAAGUAGCCCCACUGAGCAGCCGACCAUACUCCUGAUCAAUGGCAUCGCCAGCGAUUCUCAGCUAGAGGAUAAACAGGCGAAAGCAGCCGCCCUAAAGUUAGCCCUCGAUAACAACAACGUCGAGCCGGAAAAGUCCCCCUUCGAACCCACUACUCCAGGAGGCUCUCACUUACUCGACUUCGAGUCGCAUCUCAUCGAGAGCAUUGCCGACAUCGCCAGUGGCGUGGGCAUUCGGGAGUUGACCCCCUUCGAGCAGGAACUGCAACAGGGCACCUCAAAGGCUGGCACCGAUGACUCAGAGCCCGUGAUCGAGGUUGAACCAGCUGGGGCCCAGAUCAAGAAGCCCGUGGAAACUUCACCGCCAGCUCAUCAAAUCGCCGAGGUUGACGAGACGGCCACUCCGUCGGAGGAAGUGCGUCGCACCGCCGAGCAAUUGGUGGACGAGAUCGAACAGGAGCUGAUCCAGGCACUCAGCCGGGAUGUAGACGAGGCGCAGCGGGUGCACAAGGAUCAGAUCCAGCGCGAUCGCGAGGAGCUCAAUUUGCUCAGCCAACAGGUGGAGGUGCAGCUGAAUGAGCUGACCGGCAUUCUGAAGAACAAACCCCAGGCGGAUAUUGUCCUAGAACUGCCGACGAAGGAGGAGGAUCACGCCGCCAAGCCAAUUGUUGCCGCUCCCAACGAACUGAAGCUCGUGGAGGUGCCCACUCCAAAAACCGAAGCCGAAGAGCAGGAACGCAAGGAGUUCAUCGACUCACUGCCACAGAUCGAACAGAAUCGCCAGCAAACUGGAGGAGCAUCUGGGGAGACAGAUGCCCAGAAACUGUCGGCGGACUGCAAGAGGGAGUACUACCAGUCCCUGAAGAAGUACCUCCUGCACAGCAGCCAGGAGAAGCCACCAGUGCCUCUGCAAACAUAUCGCUGGGAGGACCUGAAACGAGCCAAGGAAAGGGGUGGCUAUCCCUGGACUCACCUGUACAAACGCCCAUUGGGACCCGACGAAGAGCCGGAGAUUGUUCUGCUCCUGCGGAAAUCUCAGGAACUGCGCUUCAAAUCCGAAUCUCCCAAAUCCCUGAAGAAAGUGCGCUACGACGAGCAGGUUUUGGUAAAGGAAACCGAGCGCUACAUUCAGGAUCUAUCCGAGGACGAGGCGGUUGCCACCACCACUGACGACAGCAGCGAGGAGUCCUCCGAUUCGGAGACCGAGUCCGAAAGGGAGCAGCACAACGAGGACGCCCUGAGCGAGUGCAUCUCCUGCGUCUCCGAUUCCGUUCUGGCGGUUGGAGGUCACGCGCGACCAAGGAAGACCAAUCGCUUGGCCCACAUCCGUGACCUCAUCCGACGCAGACGAAGUGGUCGCACCCACGAGGACGCCCAGUCACUGCCCGGCAACUCGGCGAAUCCCAGUCGCCAAAGUAGUGUUCACGAGCUUGCUCCGCCACCGGGAUCCCUGAUUCCCAACACCGAGAAGCCUUCGAAGACCAGCAAACCCAAGCAGGGAUUCGAUAUCAUGAAGAAGCUCAAGAGCUUGGCCGAGCGCCAAAAGAAGCGGUUGAAUAUCAAGAGGAUCACCCUGAAAAAGGAGGAGAAGAUUGUCCUGGGGGAGCAGCAGAAGAUCAUGAAGCUGAAGGCCUCGCCCAAAUCGGAUCGCGGUGAGAUUCCCCACUUCAUCGAAAAGCAGGACUCAGAUGAAAUCUUAGAGCUAGUGGAAUACGAUGAAUCUCCCUGCCGUAAGCGAACCAAGGAGGAACUGCUGGAGGAUCAGCCCAGUGGGAGUGGUAGGGUGCCGGAACCCGAGGAGAUCAUUGAGCUACCGGUGACCCAAACUGAGACGGAGACUCCCAAGCUGGAAAUCUCCGAGCCCGCAGAGGAAAAACUGGAAGGCAAGGAGGAACAAGAACCAGAAAAAGAAUCUGAAGAGGACCCGCCCAAGAAAACUCCACGCAUUCGUAGGGAACAUGUCUACGAGGAGAUUGGUCAGGCUGCAGCUCAAGCAGAAGUGGGUCAGCCCAUCCUGGAGCUGGAAUCUCUAAAGAAAUCUCUAACACGUCAGGACAAUCUGGCCAUCGAUGAAAUUGAGGCUGCUAAAGCAGUGCCCCUGGAUCGAAUGGGCAGCAGUGAGGAGGAGCAGGUGACCGCCGGCAAGCCAGGUGCUCUGCUCGCCCCCAUUUCUUCCAUCGACUCCACCUCCUCGGACGAGGAACGUGCCCGACUGGCGCAACUUUCACCCGUCGCCGAGGAGAGUGACGAACCCAUGGAACUGAGUGCCGAUCUGCGUCCUUCCCUCAAGAAAGAGCCUUCACCAGCACCCUCGGACAAAAAGGUGACCUUCUCGCACGUCGAGGACGAAGCGGAACCGCAUCGCGAGGAUGUUGAGCUGCCCGAGGACGUCCUGGAGGCGGCCACCAAUGCGAACAAGUGGAAGAACGAGAGUGAUCAUGAAUACGAGCCCGUUGGCGUGACGCUGGCGCACGAAUCCUCGCCAGCACUUGGCCCCCAAAGCGAACCCAUGGACAUCGAUGUGGCACUCAGCUCGUCUGGCACCACGCCACGCACCGAAUCUCGCACAGACUACGAAAUCCACACCAGCCAGGUGGACUCGAGUGCCUUGGAGGAGCUGCCCCUGCAGCCGGAGAACCGUCGCAAGGGCUUCAUGGCUACUGCCCAGGAUCGCACCAAAAAGAUGCAGGAUGGCAUUCGACAGCAGGCCGGGAAACUGCGCACCCGCCUCCAGACCAAGCCGAAACCCAAACCCGUUUCGGGCAGUCCCAAGGCGAAGGCCAAGGAGCGGCGACGCUUCAAGGCGCCCGAGUUCUCCAAGAUCAAGAUGCCCGAGAUCAAGCGACCGGACAUGUCCAAGUUGAAGGAAAUCAAGCGACCCGAGUUCACCAAAUUCAACAAGCCGGACAUGUCCAAGUUCAAGUUGCCAGAAAAGUUCUCCACGUUGAAGCUGCGACGCAGCAAGAGUUUCAAGGAGAACGAGGGUGAUGUGGUUUCGGAGGAGUCGCCGGAGAACACAGGAGCCACUGCAUCGCCCACUCAAACGCAGCCGACACCCAAGAAAAAGUUUGAGUUUAAUUUCGGUACCUAUCCACGGGCGUUCCGCAAAAAGAAGCCCGUUGAGGAGCCGGCUCCCUUGGUCACGGAGUCAUCAUUGGGCACCGAGGGAUUGAGUGUGAUCCCCAGCACAGAGACUCAGCCUUCGCAGACCUCGACGAGUUCCCCGCAAGGUGAUCGCGGACCAGGACCCGUUCGAUCCCGUUGGGCGGACAAGUUCUCCGAUGUGAGUUACAAUGAUAGCGAGGGAUCUCGUUACCGACGUUAUGGCAGCGAAUUGGAGAGCUUCGACCGGGAGUCCUCGCUGGAGCGCCGCAUGAAGGAGGACCUCGAGGGCACCGAGGAUACAGCGAGUGAGGCGCAGCCACAGAAGGAGAUGAACAUCCUGGGCGUGGUGGCCGAUAGCAAGCAGUUUGCUGAAUUCGACGAGGAGAAUCGUGCCAUUCACGAAAUCUCAAGCAAGAGAUCGAGGGAGUUCAAACGGCGUCCAAUGGUGCACCAGGAUUCGGAUCUGCGCUCGGAGGACAGCAGAGAUGCCGAGGGAUGGACCGAGAAGGAUAUACAGAAGAACAAGCUGUUGAGGAAGGCAGAACUGGAGGCGGAGGCUGGUUUCUACAAGUUCCACGACCUGCAGGAUGCCCAAUCAACCGCGAGUUCCGGCAAAAAGGUGGUGAUGGAGCCCAUUGACGAUGACGAGUUCUUCCUGCGCAAGCGCGGCAUUUCCGAGGAUAACAUCCAGUUGCGCCAGUACAUCAGCGAGGCGAUUCGCGAGGGUUACGACAUGCCGAAUGCCCUGAAGCACGUGGGUUACUCCGCGGAGCAGGUUCCGGCGGAGUAUGGUGACUAUGAUGUGCCACCCGCGAAGCCACGUCGUUUGCAUCGCAACUACCAGCCGGAGUUCGAGUCGCAGGAGUUCCAGCGCAGCGACUACGGCGACGAUCUCUCCAUGUCGCAGAACGGCAGUGAAUUCACCCCGAAGCGACCGCUUCGCAAGGCGCGCAGUCGCAGUAAAUACUCGAUUGAGGGCAGCCAGGACAUCCCGCAGGAUGGCGGGAGCAGCAUCCAGUAUUUCGACGACGACGAGGAGUACCUUCGGCCCCCGGUGAGGGAGGAACAGGUCACGGAGUCGGAGCAGGCACUCAACAAUCUCGAUUUCGGCGGCAAGGCAGCGGCGAUGAUUCAGGAGGAACUGGAGCUGGAGCGACAGAAACCGCGUCCGCAGGCACCGAGGCGCCAGAAGAAACGCACAAGGGACGAGGCGUCCGUUGAAAAGGACGCCGACUCCUUCAUCAAUGGCUUCGGUGGUAGAUCAGUAUCGAACACCUUUUUGCAGCCACACGAAGAUGUAAUUGUUUAUCGCACUGAACACGAAUAUCGUCACAUACCGCUAGCCACGCCGGAUAGAUUUACGGAUGCCGGUUCGGCACGUACCCAGCGUUCCGAAGAUGACCGAACCUCUCGCGGCGCCGACUCCCUGAUCCUAGACGGGCAGAUCAAGUCCCGACCAGAGCCGGAGGACAACGAAGAUGCGGUUCCCCGCACGAAGAGCGACGAGAAGUUCGUGAUCGACAUGCUGGAGAGCGAUGGCUAUGCGGUGGUCCGUAAGGAGCCGCUCCCCAAGCCGACGCCACCUGCCCGCCGAAAGAAGUUCACCCGGUCACCGGGCGAGCGGUUUGCCACUCUGCCCAGCAUCCGUGGCUCUAGGGGAUCACCACCGCCGGCUCGUCCACCGCCGCCACAGCAGUAUGUACCCACGGAGGACUCGCCGUUGGUGCCACGUCGCAGAUCUGCGACCAGCCUGGACGAGAUUCCCCAGAUGAUCAAGUCGAACUACGAGUCGCAGAAGGUGCAGCCGGCCAAGGAGGAGGAGGAUGACUACGAGGAGCCGGGUGCUCUGGAUCGCUCCAAUCUGCAGUCGGGUGCUGUUAUCAACAAGAUGAAGUUCCGACCGCUGCCGCCGCCACCGCGUCCUCCGCGUGAAAAGCGCUCCACCCGAGCGGGAAGCCAGAACUUGGACAGCUACGAUGAGAGCGAGCAGGUGGCCAGCUCCAGCCAGGCGGAUAGCUACGACCAGGGUGAGUUUGAGGUGGAGGUGUCCACCCAGACGGAUCCGCUGCCCGAUGACUUCGUGUGCGAGGAGUUCGAGAUCACCGAGGACAUGAAGAUCAUUGAGCCGCGAUGCUCCAAUGGAUCGACGGGUAACAAAACCCUUGAGGAUCUGCUGCGCAGUGUGGAGGCGGCCCAGGAGCAGGACGUGGUGGAUGGUGGGCGAGUCCUGUCCGAGGACGAGCAGCUGGCCAAGGGCUUGCAGCGAUUCCGGGAUGCCAAUCAGCGCAGCAUGUCGGAGCGAUCGCGGGCAUCUUCGCAGGCGGAUCGUUCCAAGUCGCUGAGUCGUCCGCAGACGCCUUCCUCGGCGGUCAUCAUUGAGCGCCGGGUGCCCACUCCCAGCUUAACGGCUGGCGAGGAUGAUGCCACGGUGCAGGCCUCCUUGAUUGUGCGGCCCAUCAGUGAGGCCGACUUGGUGGACGAUGAUCUGCGGCGCGAGGAGGAGGAACUGCGUCGCGAGGGCUUGCUCUCCGACAGCUCGGUGCAGAGUAAAUCCGAUGUCGAGGAUGAGCACGGUGAGGUGGCCCUGAGUGAUUAUGCUCCGAGUACCGCGGACUUGGAUGCGGCGGUGGAGCAACUGCAGCAGGCUCAGCUGGAAAGCGACUACGAAAGCCGUUUGGAGGAUGACGAAGUGGAGCGAACUCUCAGGGACAGCGAAUACGAGGAGGAGAAGUACUCGGAACAGGAGGAAGAUCACGAGGAGAUAGCCGAACUCGAGAAGGAACUGACCGAGCAGGAACUGGACGAGGCUCUGGAAAAGGAGCUACAGGAAGCCAUGGAGAAGGAGCUCUCCGACUACCGCCAAAAGGAAAAGGAGCAGGAGCAGGAACAGGCCUUCUCCGAGGAGGAGUUGGCUGCCUCCGAGAUCGACUAUCACCAGUCGGAGGAGGAACAGGCCACCUCCGAGGUGGACUAUCACCCAUCCGAGGACGAACAUCCGCUGUCCGAACCGGAACAACCUCUUUCCGAGGAGGAGCGCACACUAUCCGAUACGGAACAACCCCCAUCUGAGCCAGAAGUCCUUGCAGUCGAAGAAACCAUUCAGAAAUCCACCGCUAGCGAACCCACCGAGGCCGAAGUUGAGCUCAAAUUCGUGGCCACUUUGCCCACCGAACCCGCUUUCGACGACCACGAGGAGGUGCUGGAGGAGGCCCCCUUGCCACCACCACGCCGCAGGUCCACCACCGCCUUGGAACCCCUCGCCGCCACUGCUCUAACCAUUGCCGAACAGUCCAGCCGGGAAGUUACCCCCAUCCAGACGGUGCAAUCCCCGCCAGAACCGCAGAUUCCCAGCCACCUGGCCGAACUGGAGGUGGAACGACUGCGCGUGCAUGCCCUGCAGGCUGGCCAAAUCCAAGUGUCGCAGCUCCAUGGCGGCCAGAUUAAAGCUGACGAUCUGCAGUGCAAGUCUGGCCAGUUGGUUGUGCAGAACAUCGAACUGCCGCCGGGUUUCAUAGAUGACAUUGUGGAGCGUGUGCGGGAGCAGCGUCCCGCGUUGCUGACCACCGAAACGCAGACAAGCCGACAGGCGAGCAGUGAACCCGCCACCUCCGAGAAGGAGCAACCGAUCAAGCCACCGCGUCACAGCAAGACCACCGAGCAGUCGCCACCAAUCGCCAAUUCGGACGAGCAGACCCAAACCGAGGCGGGUCUGCUGCCACUGCCUCCACCGCCGGCGGCCUAUCCCAGCGUGGAGUAUCUGCAAUCCCUAGCUCCACUGGCCUUCUACAACCUGCAGCGCAGCGCGGAGGCGGAGCAGGCGGAGGCCGCAUCGGCGGCGAGCGAGCGAAAGGCACCGCACAAGUGUCGUCGUCGUCAUGUUCAGGAGCCCUUGGAGCCGGAGUCCGGUUCGGAGGCUGAGGAGCAGAUUGUGGAGCGACCACGCUCGCGAUCGCGACGCUCUCGCACUCGCAGCGCCACUCAGCCGCUGGAGGAGUACGACGAGGAGGAUCAGCCCAAGACGGUGGUCCAGGCAGGCCGACAAUUCCUCUCGGCCUGCAGUCUGGAGCUGGUGAACAUUAUCAACCAGCUGACGCACUACGUUCGCGGGCAGGCAGUGGAGCCACAGCAGGUGCCACACAACGUGUCCGCACUGGUGGUCCUCUUCAUCCUGAUCUCGUUCGGAGUGCUGGUCUUUUUGCUAACCGGGCGACAGGUGCACACGCAUCACUGGGACUACUUCAAUCCGCCCGGGAACGACCAUGGCCGGCAGACGUGAGGGACUGUUUUGGGGAGUCCCGUCAUCGUGGUUUUGCUAUCCUUUGGGGCGGUUUUGCAUUUUGGAGCAUCGAAUCUGGCCAGUAAAAUAAUCUGGCGGUGAAAGAAACGAAUUUAAACGCGGCCAGGUGUCCGCUUGAAACUUGAAGGCCUUAAUGUUACUAACGAGAAAUUACUUUAGGAGAUGUGCGCCAUUGGGGGCGUUUUUGAGGGCGAGGGGCGUGCCCGUGUUACUAGUCACAAAGAAACCAACAAACAAUCGAAACCAGAAUCCCAGUUCAAUGAUCCAUCAUCAAACACAUACCGACAUCUAACUUGUACUAACCAAAAGAUAUAAAGGGAACAUUUUUCACCAUUGUCUACCAACGAUAUAGAGAUAUGUCUAUAUAAAACAACAAAGCAGCAGAAGCAACGACCAUGUAUUAACUAUGUACUUAACACAUGUAGCUAUGUACAUAGACGUUAUCAGUUUCAUGCGCCAAAGGAGCGAGGACCACUAAUCCAAUAAACACUUAUUUUGUUUGCUCAUUUUUUCUACCACAUAAGGCAAAGCGAGAGAUUCAGUUGUUGAACAAAUUGUUGUUUAAUUUAGACCAAAAAUGUAGGAAUUAAUAUACAAAACAUACACUCUUUUUCAUUGAAUUCAUUUGAACGUUAUAAAUUGAAAUGCGAGUACUUAGCCAGAAAGUGAACAUAUAUACAUAAAUAUAUAGAAGCGUAUUUUCAAUAAAGCAAAAUGAUAUAAAAUAAA